AUGGCUUCAUACUCGACCGCUAGCGAGGCCUUCACCCGCGAGAAGCAAACCCCCUCCGACACAAAUACAUCUACAGCAGCCUGGGCCGACAAGUACCGCGGUGUCCGUCUCCCCAAUCCACCCAUCUGGCCCAAACUAACAAAAAAACAGGCAACAAUCGAAGAUCUCGACCCUCCCGCGGCGCUCUCAAUCUCCUCCGAAGACCCAAUCUCCACAGCCCUAAUGGCCGCCUACGAGCGCGACUACACGCACCUCACCGUUAUCUCCCCGACAAAGCGCUCCCUGCUAGGCUACCUCAGCAUCCCACGGCUACGGGAGCUGCUGCAGAGCGGCACCGUGAAAGAAAGCGACCCCGUCUCCGCGGCGAUGCAGCGGUUUAACCGCAAACGCGGUCUCUACCAGGUCAUCACGAUGAACACGCCGCUCGAGGAGCUCGAGAACUUCUUCGAGAGCGAGACGGGGCCGAAUGGCGAGAAGCGCGAGAAGCAGCAGUUCGCUGUGGUUACCGAUGAGGCGCGCAAGUUUGUGCUGGGUGUUGCUACCAAGGCGGACUUGGAGGAGUUUGUCAAGCGCAGACCUACCUAA